GGGCUGGGCGCAGCCAGUCUCCCGCCGCCGCCGCCGCUGCCGGACGCGCAGAGCUAGGGGCGGCUGGACCGACGGCUGCCGGGCCGAGCGCACAGAGUCGCGGCGCUGGGGGCGUCCCCCGCCGGGACGCGGGUCGCGUCGUUGUCCUCCGCGAGCGUCCGGAUUGCAGGCUGUCUGUCCCCAGACCCCAGAGUACCUCUGGCACCACCAUGACUGGGCUGUUGAAGAGGAAAUUUGACCAGCUGGAUGAGGACAACUCCUUGGUCUCCUCCUCCUCCUCUUCCUCUUCCUCUGGGUGCCAGUCUCGCUCCUGCUCCCCAAGCUCAAGCUCUUCUGUCUCCCGUGCCUGGGACUCAGAGGAGGAAGGCCCCUGGGAUCAGAAGCCCCUGCCUGAUCGUGACUUCUGUGGCCCCAGAAGUUUCACCCCCCUGUCUAUCCUGAAGCGGGCUCGCCGGGAGCGCCCAGGUCGUGUAGCCUUUGAUGGGAUCACCGUCUUCUACUUCCCCCGUUGCCAGGGCUUCACCAGUGUGCCCAGCCGUGGUGGCUGUACUCUGGGUAUGGCCCCUCGCCACAGUGCCUGCCGCCGCUUCUCUUUGGCUGAGUUUGCACAGGAGCAAGCCCGUGCACGGCACGAGAAGCUCCGCCAGCGCUUGAAAGAGGAAAAGUUGGAGAUGCUGCAGUGGAAGCUUUCGGCAGCCGGGGUACCCAAGGCAGAGGCAGGGCUACCACCUGCGGUGGAUGCUAUUGAUGACGCCUCUGUGGAGGAGGACUUGGCAGUCGCUGUGGCAGGUGGCCGGUUGGAAGAAGUGAACUUCCUACAGCCCUACCCAGCCCGGCGACGUCGAGCUCUGCUGAGGGCUUCGGGCGUGCGAAGGAUCGAUCGGGAGGAGAAGCGGGAGCUGCAGGCACUGCGCCAAUCCCGGGAGGAUUGUGGCUGUCACUGCGAUAGGAUCUGCGACCCUGAGACCUGCAGCUGCAGCCUGGCAGGCAUCAAGUGUCAGAUGGACCACACAGCAUUCCCCUGUGGCUGCUGCAGGGAGGGCUGUGAGAACCCCAUGGGCCGUGUGGAAUUUAAUCAGGCGAGAGUUCAGACCCAUUUCAUCCACACACUCACCCGCCUGCAGUUGGAACAGGAGGCUGAGAGCUUUAGGGAGCUAGAGGCCCCUGCCCAGGGCAGCCCACCCAGCUCUGGUGAGCAGGCGCUGGUCCCUACUUUCCCACUGGCCAAGCCCCUGAUGAACAAUGAGCUGGGAGACAACAGCUGCAGCAGCGACAUGACUGAUUCUUCCACGGCAUCUUCCUCAGCAUCGGGCAGUAGUGAGGCUCCUGACGGCCCCACCCACCCAGGCCUGCCUGGCCCUGGCUUCCAGCCUGGCGUUGAUGAUGACAGCCUGGCACGGAUCCUGAGUUUCAGUGACUCUGACCUCGGCGGGGAGGAGGAGGAAGAGGAGGAAGGGAGUGUGGGGAACCUGGACAACCUCAGCUGCUUCCAUCCAGCUGACAUCUUUGGUACUAGUGACCCUGGUGGCCUGGCCAGCUGGACCCAUAGCUAUUCUGGCUGUAGCUUCACAUCGGGCAUCCUGGAUGAAAAUGCCAACCUCGAUGCCAGCUGCUUCCUAAAUGGUGGCCUUGAAGGGUCAAGAGAAGGCAGCCUUCCUGGCAACUUAGUGCCACCCAGCAUGGACGCUGGCCAGAGCAGCUCAGUGGAUCUCAGCUUGUCUUCUUGUGACUCCUUUGAGUUACUCCAGGCUCUGCCAGAUUAUAGUCUGGGGCCUCACUACACAUCACAGAAGUUGUCUGACAGCCUGGACCACAUUGAGGCACCUCACUUCCCCCUGCCUGGCCUCUCUCCACCCGGGGAUGCUAGCAAUUGCUUCCUGGAGUCCCUCAUGGGCUUCUCCGAGCCAGUUGCCGAAGGCCUGGAUCCCUUUAUCGACAGCCAGUUUGAGGACACUGUCCCAGCAUCUCUAAUGGAGCCUGUGCUGGUGUGAGGACCAGGAUGCCUUUUCCCAGCCCCAAGGGACCUGUUGCUUUCUUGUAAUUGUGGGGCUCCCCAGAGUCUCUGUGUAACAGUCUCCCACUGGCUGGCUCACUCACAGGUGCCAUGCGCACACUCCUGGUUUUCAUACAGUUCUCUGGAUUUAUUUAUUUGUUUUAACUUUUCUGUGCUGAAGAGAGGACUGGGGGGAGGGGCUUCCCGUUUCAGCUGCCUGGACCCCAGCACCCACAGUUUGCUCUUCCAUCUCCACAAUGUGAGCCUGGAAGAGGAGAAAAUGUGGCUCCUCUGGAGCUUGGCAGACCACUUUUCGGUCUUUGCAUGAUGUUCCUUAGCCCAAAGACGGUGAGACGGCUGAAAUCAGGUGGCUUCUGCCAUGCUGAGCCCUAGACCCAUGGGUAGCUAAAUCCUCUGGACUGUGAAGACUAUAAUUUAUUUCCAUAAUUUAUUUGGAGAUUGAGGCGGCUUUGGUUGCACCUCUCUGGCUGGUGGGUAGUGCCAGGGGUGGGGUGGGCACAGGCCCUCAAGGAGCCCCUUUUGCCUUGUAGUCCUACACCUUGCCCUGCCUGGGCUUUGGUGCAGACUGGGUGUGGAUUUGAGCUCUAUGAUCUAUGUCUGCUGCCUGGCUCCUGGAUGGCUAUGCAGGCAGGUGCUGGCCAAAGACAUCAUCUAGGCAGGGGGAGAGGCUGGGCUAACCAGCUGUGACCAAAACUCCCUUCUGCCCCACCCUGCCCCCUCCACUUCCUGCCCUUUGUUCCAUCUUCCCCUUCCCCAAAGGCUGUAGCCUUUAUUCCAGGCCCAGGGAUGUAGGAGGGGGAAGGAGGAAACAGGAGGCCCAGAGAAGGCAAAGGGCCUACCUCGGGCACAAACCAUGCCCCAGACUAUUAUCUCAGGGCUUUCUGGGCACUGCACUUUGGCCUGGCCCACCUGCCCAUGCCCUGAGGCCAGUUGGUGAGGGGUGGCUCCUGAGGGCUUUUAUACCCUUUGUUUGCUAAUGUUUAAUUUUGCAUCCUAAUUUCUACAUUGUCCCUGAGUGUCAAAACUAUAAUUUAUUCCAUUUCUCUCUGUGUCUGUGCCAAGAAACGCAGGCUCUGGGCCUGCCCCCUUGCCCAGGAGGCCUUGCCAGCCUGUGUGCUUAUGGGAACACUUUGUACCUGAGCUUACAGGUACCAAUAAAGAGGCUUUAUUUUUAA